CACACGCACUGCACGUGUAUAUAAGUCGGUCAAAGAGGUAUCGCAGUGCUUAAAUGAGUUUUCGAUGUCUCCAAUCGUACAAAGUACAAGAGCUCUUCAGAGCCUUGCAGCAGCCAUGCUUUCUUCAGCAGCAUAUGCUGUUCUUUGGCCGCUAACGGUAAUUCGUAUCACUUUAGCAAUUGGCUUGAUGCGAAUAGCGUCUUCGAUCCCUAUCCUCAAAGACAGAAUCAAAAGAUACAAUGAGAAGUUCCUUCUAGUGCCCUAUGAAGAUUUCUGGCAGUCGUGGUGCAGCUGGAAAAUGUUGCGCGCAGUUAUGCAGUUAAAUCUUGGCGACUUAAACAAAACAGCGCGACUUGGUUCUCCAGCGCCAGACUGUGAGCUGAUUUCGACAGACCAAAAAGAGUGCAGAUUGCUAGAUCUAGCCAGAGGGGAACGUCCAUUGGUUCUUAACUUCGGCAGCUGCAGCUGACCUCCGUUCUUCAUCCGUCUCAAGAACGACUUCACCAAAGUCGUUCGGGAUUUUGCUGAUGUUGCGGACUUUAAGGUUAUUUACAUUAGCGAGGCACAUCCAAGUGACGGAUGGAAAUGGAAUAACAAUGUUGAAAUUGCUCAGCAUAAAUGCUUGAAAGACCGAUUUGCUGCUGCAGAAAUCUUAAAGUCCAGCGGUUGUCCUGCCCCUGUUAUAGUGGACACCAUGAAGAAUGAAGCUUCCAUGGCGUAUGGCGCGUGGCCCGAGAGACUGUUUAUUAUACAACAAGGCAAAAUAGUUUACGAAGGGGGCACGGGUCCGUACAAUUACGACUUGACGGAGGUGCAACGCUGGCUGGAGGAGUACAAAGCUGAAAUAAUAUAGUAUUGUGUAAUGUAAAAAGAAAGUUUGUUAGACGUUAAAAGGGCCACGUUACAGUUUAGGCAUCUUGAACAAUUUCAAUUUUCAUGCUAGCUACUCUUGUUCCGUCUUAGUUUGUUAAUAAAAUAUACCUCUAUCAUAUUUGUUAGCCUCAUGGUGAUAACAUUUAGCGGACAAGUUCAAACUGAAGUUGGCUUGGCUGGUGACGAAAAUGACUCAAAGAUUAAAAUUGCAACGUGGCUCUCUUUUAACUUUUGUUAAAUUAAUACGGCAUAUAUUUAUAUUAUUUACUAUGUUAUUUAUUACCGUUCGUUCAAAUUCCGAGCUUUGUGAAAGUUCCAUAUUUAUUCAUAUUUAAGAGGAGCGUAUAUAAUGAAAAGAAGCCCUCGUUUAGUUAAUAAUGUUGGUCAUAUAACAGAUAUUACGUCCAGAAAUUCGACCACUGUUUUUUACAAGGUACGAUUAUCAUGCACCCAUGUCGUUGUUAUUUUUGUCUGUGGUUAUCGUGUAACGAAUGAAAGCUGACGAUAUAAACCUCACUCGAGGGUUCAUCAGCUGGAUGUAUUUGCUCGUUUAACAGAAUGGCAGAAGUACGAUAGUUGGAGUAAUGACAUAAAACACUUGAAAGCAGUC